UAGCUAUGCUCACACUGAUUUUCGUUCAGAAUUGAGUGUGACCCAUCCAUUUGUUGAAACAUUCGAAACGAUCAUAUUUAAAUAUAAUAAACGUGAAAUCUGUCAGAUAUAAAUAUUUUUGUUUUUUUAUUCAAUUUUUUGCCUGUGUCAAUACAUAAUUCGAAUAUCUAAGAAUAUUUCUCAUGAAGUCUUUUUUUUUGGAGAAAAAAAUAUUUUAUGAUGUUUUUGACAACUUCUAUUUUUCGACAACGAAAUAAGAUACAACGUAUGAAAUCAAAGGCGUGAUUGAAUUUUCUCGUGUAUAGUGAAUUUCAUAUUUUUUCCUUGCACUUUAGUCGAUAUAAUGAAAAGCAAAUAUAAGCAGGCACUCAGUGUCAGGUUUCGUUCCUGUUAAAUCAAUCAAACAUUUUCCUAUUAAUCCAACGCAAUCAAAAAUGAUCCAGUUAUAAAUAACACAUCAAAUUAAAUUGAGUCUACGAAUAAUUAAAUUUUUCGGUGAAAAUUCCGCAAAAAUUGCUCGAAUAUGAAGCACUUUGUCAUAUUUUUUUUUCUCCCUUCCAUCGAAAAGCCGCUGAACUUGAAUGGCACUCGCACAUUGUUGCGAUACGUUCGAAAUUAUAACAUGAAACAGUUGUAUGGUUUCAUUUAUAUUCAAAGCGCAUCCACCUGAAUUCAAUAAGAUCUGCAUUUCUUUUUUUUUGCGGUGCUUUAGCCCAUUGAAAAAAGAACACGAUGUAUGCGGAAAAUGCUAAACGGAACGGCAUAGUUACGAAACUCGUAAAGAGAUUAAAACAACAAAUUCGGUCAUGAGACAAUACUGUUUAUUUGGAAUGUUACACUUUGUGUUCGUCUCUCACUCUCUCUAUCUCUCACACAUUCCGUUCCAUUCCGUUCCGUUCAUAGGACUUCUUCUUGGCUUGGAAAAUGUAAACAGUCAUUUUCCACAUGUUGUAGGCAAUGACCGGUGGGGGCGAUAAGCAAAGGCGAAUUAAAUAAACACACAGAAAUACUUGAAUAAUUCAGCGUAAGUUACACGGAGACGGUGGAAACCCAUAGCGCGCGCGGGUAUUAAUGAUUCAGUUCGAUUUGGAUUGUAAGCGUAAACAGUCACUUGUUGAGAACAGUGCGCGAAUCGGAUGGAUUUUUCUUUCUUCGACAAAGCUUCCGUAUUUUGCAUUGUUCGUGUGAAUAAAAUAGAAUAAAUUUGUGAUAGAAAAAGUUUCGAUUGUAGCGUGAGUGAAAAAAAAAUGAGUGAUGCUCCGAGUGACGGUCCAAGUGAACAGGCCAUUAACGCUGUUCAAGCCCACGAAGCUAAUAAAACGCCGAAAUUUAUUCGAGUAUUAACCGUUUGUGCGUAUUUAAUUUGUGUAUCGCUGGCUGCAAUCAUGCUUUCGGCAUAUUACAUCUUUCUGUGGGAACCGAAACGACAGGAUCCAUCAACGUCAGCAUCACAUGGAAGCGGCGCUCCACAUCGAAAACAUUAAUUAACAUCGAUAAGGCUCACAAAAUAGUUAUAUAUCGUGAAUCUCAACCAAGCCAAAAAUAUGCAUUUUCAUCGACAUAAUCUUUUUCUCCUCAUUUUGUCUUUACUUUGAUCUAACUAUGGCUAAAUAUCAAUCCAUGCCGCCAAACUGUAUUUUCUAUCGUCAGCGUUAAACGUGAAUAUUGGAUAGCUUGACAAGAGACAGGACCAAAUUUGACGUAAUCUCCAUCGUACCAUAACGGCUAAUGGAAACAUUUCAAACGAAAAAUCAACGAAAUUACGCAAAACCACUGAAGAUGUCCAGCAUCGAAGAAACAAUCCAAUUGGCCCGAUUGCAACAAGCAGCCAAUGCAUCAUCACUGUACGAACGUAAACCCAAUCAAAAAGCUUUAAAAGUGCUCACCGUUGCCGCAUACAUCCUAUUCGUAUCGAUGGCAGCCAUCAUUUUAUCAUUUUACUAUGUCUUCAUUUGGGAUCCAACCACAAAAUCCAUGGCUCCUCGUCCACCAACCAAUUGCGAAACCGCGAAAAAAAUUGUCAUUCCAGAGAGUAUUGCUAUUAAAUUGGCCAACUCAUCCGAGGUAUCGGCCGAAUAUUUUUUCCGAGAUAUCUAUCGCCGAUAUCAACAGUUACAGAACAAGGAGCGCAAAGGUGUAAAAGCAUCGAAGCGAAAUCGAAUUCACAAGGUACCAAACACCGAACUAGCAACAAACCGUGAACACAAGAAAAUCAUGGAAUCGAUCCGAUCAACCGUUUCGACCGUUUCGACCAUUGAUAUCAGUUCGAUCGGCGAUCGAAGUACCAUGGUUCCAUUUCAACAACAACAACAAAGCACAACAUCUAAUUCCUUUAUAAUGCAAACAAAAGAUCAAGUGGCCUAUGUGGACGAUGAAGAUUUAGAGAAUGAUUUAGAAGCCAGUGGCUUGAAUCGAAUUCGAAACGAAACGUCGAUCGCCUACAACUUCGAUGAGAAUAAUGAUAACUAAAUUACUGCUCCAAUCCACACACACACACACACACACACACACACACACACACACACAGGUGUAGAACGCGUUCCAUGCAACUUCGAAUAGCUAAACCAAGAAAAACCACUAAACAAAAUAAAACUAAUUAAAACGGUGGAAUUGUUUACGAUUGUCAAUCGAUUUGAUCUAAAUUUCAAAGUGCAAAAAAAAUUGGUCCAAUCCAUUUAUAUAUGGCAUAGCCGUCUAUUAUUUACGUUAGAAAUCGAUAGAAAAUAUUAGACAUUUGUUUCUCAUAGAGAAUAUAUGAUAUUAAAUGAUAAAUAGGAUAUUUAUUUAUUAUAUUGUUUUCAUUUUGCUGGAAAAUCAAACCAUUUAUCAUAUUUGUUUUAUUGAACGUUAAACGAUGGAUUAAUAAAAAUGAAAAUAUAAAGCUAAUACGGUGCAUGAAUGCAUUU